CAUUGAAAAUUACAAAAUUAAAUAGGGGAAGAAGUACUGGACUUGUCACCCUAAAUUCCUAGUCACUCUGAACGGCCAUUUUUGUCUCUGUUUUGCGAGUUUCCUUUUGAGAAGAAACGGCCCAGAACCUAAAAAGUAGUAUAAAGUCGCACCCUCCGGUGAAUGAUCCUCUUCCCUGUCUUUAUUUUUUGCCCCGAUAUUCCCACCGACAUUAAAAACCUCGCGAUGGACCCUCCUCCUCCUCCUCCAUGCCAGUUCCGGAAUUGGCUGGAACUUCCCCGGGACGUGACGGCGUCGAUCCUUCUGCGGCUCGGCGCCGUCGAGAUCCUGACUUGCGCGCAGAAGGUUUGCUUGCUCUGGCGCAACCUCUGCAAGGACCUGUCCAUGUGGCGUAAAAUCGACAUGCGCAACCUCGGCGACCUCUGGGAUAUGCCCUACGACCUCGAGACGAUGUGCCGUCACGCCGUCGAUCGUAGCUGCGGCCAGUUGGUCGAUAUCAACGUCGAGUACUUUGACACGGACGAGCUUCUCCACUACAUUGCCGAGAGUUCAAGUCAGGUCAAACGUCUUCGACUCGUAUGUUGCUAUAACAUUUCAGUAGAGGGAUUGAGUGAAGUGGCUGCAAAACUUCCAUUGUUGGAGGACCUUGAGAUUUCAUACGGUCCGUUGUCAAAAGAACCACUGGAAGCUGUGGGCCGUUGUUGUCCUCUCUUGAAGUCACUCAAAUUCAACAGCCAGGGCUACAGAAGACCUCGCAUUGAGUGUGAUGAGGAGGCAAUUGCUAUUGCGGAGAAUAUGACUGAAUUACGCCACCUCCAGCUUUUUGGAAAUAAGCUGACUAAUGAUGGCUUGAAGGCAGUACUUGAUGGUUGUCAUCACCUUGAGUCGCUUGACCUACGACAAUGCUUCAAUGUGACUCUAACUGGGAAUUUGGGAAGAAGAUGUACCGAGCGGAUUAAAUACUUGCGAUCUCCCUGUGAUUCCACCAAUGACUAUGAAUUCGAUGCUGAACUUCAUGAUACCGGAUCUUUUGAUGAUGACUAUCCUUCUGGGUUCUCGGACAUUGAUUACUUUUCUGAUGACUAUGGGCAUUAUGAAUUCUCCAGCGACAGCGAUGACCCCGACUAUGGUGAUUUUGAUGACUACCGAGAAUUUUACAUGUAUUAGCCUUUUGUGGGUGCAAGUAAAAUGACUUUACCAAUAUUUUGAAAUGUUUUGUCUCAGUAUUAGUAGGGUUAUAACUGAGUCGAGUAGGAACGAGUUAUGCCUAGUCAAGUUUGACUUGAUUAUGUUCGAAUCAAACUUGAAAAACUCUCCUUUUUUGGGUCGAAA